GCCCUUAUGAAGUUAUUAGUAGGGUUCAAUUCUCAACAUGAGAUUGAAAUUGAGAUAUAGGUUUUUUUUUUUUUUAAAGCAAAAUUGAGAGAUAGUUAAUUAUACUGUUAUGUUUUAUUUAUUUAUUUUAAUUUUUUUUACAAGAAUUACACUCUUAUGUGAACAGCCGUCAAAAUCAAAACAAAUAUGGAGUAAGAAACUUCCUCCACUCUUAUUUGUUUCAAGUCCAAUGAAAUAAUUCUUAAAAAAAAUAAAAAAUAAAAUAAGUCCAAUGAAAUAAUAAUACUUUAUGUAGAAAUAGAUCAGCUUAUGAUUCAUCCCUAAUUCUCAAUCUUCACCUCCUUUUCUGUUCAAAAUUUUAGAAAUUAGGGUUUGAAAUUGGGGUUUUGAUUUCUUGAGGAAGAACAACAAUGGAGUAUGAUUACAAUUCAAGCAGGCAAAGAGCAGGCGUUUCACCCUACGAUCCCCACAUCCCCAUGUACCAAAAGAUGCCUUCUUCUUCUUCUUCUCAAUCGCCUCAUGUAUCUUCUCUUUACCCUAAGAUCGGUCAACCCGGUCAGCCGGUCAUCCCUCCUCCUGCCCGUGCUCCUCCUUAUCACCAAUCUUCUGCCCCUCCUCCCUCUUCUUCAGGAACUGGUAUCAGGGUUCAAAUUAAGCCAGAAUAUCGGAUAACUCCUCCUCCUCAAUUAUUACCACAAAUGGGAGAUAUUCCACGAAGUGCAUUUCAUUUUGAUUUUGAUUUAGAGAAGAAGAUACUUGCUGAAGCAGAGAAGGAAAACCAGAAUUGGAGUCGUCUUGCAUCUGAAAAUUUCCCAUCAAGAACACCACAAUCCAUGCCAUCAACGACCCCUGCAGCGGAUCCCGUGGUGAGCAAAUAUGUUGCAUCAGGCCUUAACCGAGAAGCAGUUCCUUUGGCUGUUGCAGCUUUCGGGGACAAUCCUACUAAGGUUCGAGAUUUUGUGAAUGGUUACACCCUCCUUCGAGAAAUGGGGUUCGCGUCCAACAGUGUCGCUGAAGCUCUUCUUAUGCAUGACAAUGAUACAGAUAAAGCUCUGGCUUAUUUCCUGAAUAGUUCGUCAUAGAGCUCCUCAUUGCUUCUUGCAAAAUUCUCCUUUCAUGUUGCCAGUAAAGCAUUCUUGUGGGUUCAGCCAUUUAUAACCUGCUUUCUGAUGUACAAAUUAGCCAACUUGCGCUUGAUGCAAUUUCUGGCAUAUUGCUCUCAGCUCGUAUACCAAAGAGAAAUUUUAAUAUCAGUAUCAUUAUACUGUAUGUAUAAAUGCAUUAUGUUGCUAGAGUGUAGAGGAACUUUGUACCAGAAAAUCUACAAGUUAUUACUUCAUAUUUAUUAAUACGUGAUGUCAGUAUCAGAUCAGAGCCACGAUCAUCAUUUAAUGUCUUCUUUUUGAGAA